GCAUGACAUAACUGUAGGGCAGGACUAGAUGGAAGUACUGUACGCUCAUUGGUGAAAAAUAAUCGCCAGUCAAUUUAGCCCCAUCUCUUCCCAUUGACCAGGCUCGGUUGAGAAGUGCGGUUGGAGUGUGAGAGGGUCGCGGCCGAGGCUGACUGAUGGUCUGACAGAUGAAAUAGCGAAAAUACAGAAAGAGAAGACGGGCGUCCUCCUCCCUCAGAAAACCAUGUUCCCUAAAGGCAAAGUGUCCGCUGUACCGUCGGAUGGCCAAGCACGGGAAAAGUUAGCUUUAUACGUCUAUGAAUAUUUGUUACACAUAGGAGCACAGAAGUCAGCACAGACCUUUUUAUCAGAGAUACGAUGGGAAAAGAACAUCACACUUGGGGAACCACCUGGAUUCCUACACUCUUGGUGGUGUGUAUUUUGGGACCUGUAUUGUGCCGCACCAGAGAGAAGAGAGACAUGUGACCACUCCAGUGAAGCGAAAGCCUUCCAUGAUUAUAGUGCGGCUGCAGCCCCCAGUCCAGUGAUGGGCGGAAUGCCCCCUGGAGAGGGGAUGCCCGGUGGACCCAUGCCCCCCGGAUUCUUCCAGGGUCCACCUGGUCCCCAAGGCUCUCCUCACCCCCAGCCUCCUCCCACUAACACUAUGAUGGGACCCCACAGCCAGUCUUUCAUGAACCUACGCGUCGCUGGGGGCCCACGAGGUCCCCCUAUCAGGAUGGGCAACCAGCCUCCUGGCGGUGGCCCUGGCCCCCAUCCCAUGCUCCAAAACAUGGACCACACACGACCACAAGGCCAUCCUAACUUGGGACCGAUGCAGAGAAUGAGUGGCCCUCGAGGCAUGGGCCCUAUGGGGCCAGGACCCCAGAACUUUGGUGGUGGGAUGCGGCCUCCACACAACUCUAUGGGCCCCGGGAUGCCAGGAGUGAACAUGGGCCCAGGUGCUGGACGGCCAUGGCCCAAUCCGAACAAUGGCAACUCUAUGCCUUACUCAUCACCUUCUCCUGGAGCGUACGGGGGAGGUUCUGGUGGAGGGGGACCCCCUGGAACCCCCGUUAUGCCCAGCCCUGCUGACUCUAACAACUCUGGGGACAAUCUCUACACUAUGAUCAACACUGGACCUGGCAACCGAUCAAAUUUCCCUAUGGGCCCCGGUUCUGACGGACCCCUAGGCGCCAUGGCGGGCAUGGAGCCACACCACAUGAAUGGAUCGCUAGGCUCUGGUGACAUGGACGGACUCAACAAGAACUCCCCAAACAAUCUAAGUGGCAUUAGCAACCCUCCUGGAACCCCGAGGGACGGCGACGAGUUGGGCGGAAACUUCCUGCACUCCUUUCAGAGUGAGAAUCAGUACUCCCCUACCAUGACGAUGAGUGUGUGACAUCCCCCUCCAUCUGCCAUCACUGAGGAUCUGAGCUCAUAACAGAACAUGGCCAAAACACAUCAGCACAGAACCAGGGACAGGGUGCCAUUUUGGUUCCACACAAUUCCAGAAUGCUGAUAUACACAUUUUCAAAAUGGCUGGUGACUUCUGCUCCUCCUCCUCGUUCCAAAUGAAGGACAGUUCUUCUAUAAUCACCACCCCAAGUGUGACGAAACCAGCGACGGAAACUACUGCAUACAUGACACGUGCUUUAAUUAUUGCUUUGUAGUGCAAGAUGUGCAGAACCCGUUUCAGCUUUUGCCACCUAAAACACUGAAGUGUCCAUUGUGAACUAGGAGAAAUGUAUCUUUUUGUUUUCAUAUUUCAGGUCCCGCGUUCAGCCACAUGUAGUAUGUCACAAAACUAGUCUGAAAACAUGGAGUCUGAAUCUGCCUGUAACUCUGUGACCACUCCAUUGAAUGACUUUGUCCCGAUGUACUAGCUCCCACUAUUUAGCCACAUUUUCAAAGGGAAGUGGUGUGAUCGAAUUGGGCCUUAGUAAGGAUAGGGCCUGUAACAGUUUCAAAGUGCUCAGUGAGGUUUUUAAAAUGUAGGAUCGGAUGCGAUGCGUCGAUAGGGAAUGUGUUUUGUGGGUUCUGUUUUUGUCGAGGAGAGCGAUCUUAUUCUGCACUGGUUUUAUGUUGCUUUUUAUUUAAACAGUCGGACUGCUGUUCUUGUUCGGUCAAGGGGAAAGCUAACUUGGGCUAAACCAUGGGUGUGGACGCAAUGGGGGGGGUGCAUGACUAAGAUCUUUGUACAACAUACUACCUAGUGCUGCUCCAGUCCACAUGUGGUGUCUUUAACCUCUUCCCUGCCUGUGCUUAACACUCUGUGCCCUUUUUUGUCACCAUCGUUGUAGCAGUCUGUGUUUUCCUACUGUUCCAUCACAGUGAUGAUGAAAGUUAAACCCAUUGUAACCUGAGAUGAAGAUUGGUAGUUUUCUUUUCAAAAAAUUCUCAAGGUAUUUUUUUUUUUUUUUUUUUUUUUUAAUUAUUUUGAUACAAAUUUGACUACGUAUAUAUUGGCCCAGUUAUUUCAAGAUUAGUUAAAGCUUUGUAAACCAAUUCUAGUAUCAUAAACUUAGCGGCAGUCUUGUAAAUGUGAACUUUUAUUUCAUUUUCUGUGAAUAUUAAGCAUUAUACACCUGUUGCUGGUAUAUAUAUUUUUUUCAAAUUGGGGGAAAGAGUGCUGUUAAUAUAAUUUUACAAUAACUUAA